AUGAUUCCGGGAGAAAUGCCGCACGCUGCAUUGGCGUAUAAGAGCGCUACCAUAUCCAGAGAUCCGUGGAACACAGGCCACAGUGCGCUGAUCGAUCCAUAUGGCAAUGAUGGCUUUGCAAAUGCCUUCUACUCCCCUCUCAGAACUGUUCCCAGAAGCGGCAGCGGCUACAACUCGCGGGCCGACACGUUCACCUCGACGUCGCCGGCAUUUGCGCUACGAGCGCCAUCUACGUCCUCUUCAUCCAUGGGGGUUGCCUUCGGUGGUUACAAGAACCCAGGCAAGACUACGGGCUGGGACAAUCCUGGGCAGUACUCUCCCACGGGCUCCCUCGAGGACAUUGUCGUUUCGCCCAGCCUGUCCGACUAUUCCGUGGAGAACGUCGUGGGAGUGACCAGCCCGCAGCAGAAGCCGCGCCAAAACAACAAGCGCGGCUCGCAGCGACGCCCGUCGAAUCGAGACGAGUUUGACGGUCCUCACCAGUUCCUACAACGUCCUCCGCAAGAGGUCAUCGACAUGCAGGAGAGGGAGCUGCCGCACCUCCCAAUCAACCUCCACGUCCAAGAGCAGGACACGGUCCUCAGCCAGGUCAAUGACCGGCUCUCACAGUGUGCCUUUGAUUUCGUGGCCAAGUACCAGUUCCCUAUCCCCCUCACACAGGACAUGCGGCCCGUCGAAAGACCACAGGAUCGCGAAUGGACUGAAUGGGUGUACCUGCUCAAGAGGUUGGCGACAAAGAGACGCAUCCCCGCAAGAGUGCUCUACAAUGGCCAGAUCAAGCAGUUUGUCACCAUUCUAGAAAACUCGCUCGAGAUGCGCCACGCAGCCAAACACCAAAGCCGUCCUCUCAAAGACGACCGCAACAUCCUGCAGCUCAUCUCUGCAGGCAUUCAAGUCGCCAAGAUCCUGAGGGACGCAUCGGCCAUGGAAUACUUGGACCGCUUAUACGUUGAAACCGAAUCCCGGAUCCAGGAACGCACAAAGUCGCGAUUCCGAUCCUAG